GAAAAUACUACUGUUCCAGCUCUAAAAGGGGUCAGCACAUAUUAGCUCAUGCUCUGUUCUUUACACACUGUAUCUUCAUUCUCACAGAGCAAAAACGAAGUGAUGCUUCAAACUUGCAGUUCCAGAGAAUUGGGGCACGAAAAUCUCAAGAACUCAAUCCAAACCCACAUCGUUUCUUCACCAUGUAAGCUUCAAACCCUUCACUCUUCUUUCAAAUCUCGGGUUUUUCUAGGGCUAAAUAGUUUCUAUAAUCACCACAGCUUAGUGAAGAGGCAAGUCUCUUCUUUGCCUUCUCUAUCUCCUUCAUUUAAAACUAAUCAAACCCAUGAAAGAAUCGUUAAUUCACAUGCCCAAAAGCAAAACUUUAAGGGAACUAGGGUUUCUCUAGGGUUUAAGCUUCAGUGCCAUUCAAGAACAGUGGUUUUGUCCUCAAAGAGUACAAUUAACGGUAAGAAGAAGAGGUAUGGAGGUAUGUUGCCCUCGAUUUUACGGUCCUUGGAGGAGGAUGGUAUUGAGAAAACCCUUAAUUUGUAUUAUGGGAAGCUCAGUCCCAAAGAACAAACUGUGAUUCUCAAGGAGCAGAAAAAUUGGGAAAGGGUUGUUAGGGUUUUUGAGUGGAUGAAAUCACAAAAAGAAUACUUGCCCAAUGUAAUUCACUACAAUGUCGUGCUUCGGACACUGGGUCGAGCCCAGAAAUGGGAUGAGUUAAGGCUUUGCUGGAUUGAAAUGGCAAAAAAUGGUGUUCUUCCGACGAAUAACACUUAUGGGAUGCUCGUUGACGUGUAUGGAAAAGCGGAUCUUGUUAAAGAAGCGCUUUUAUGGAUUAAACACAUGAAACUUAGGGGAAUUUUCCCGGAUGAAGUCACUAUGAAUACAAUUGUCCGAGUUUUGAAGGAUGCUGGAGAAUAUGAUAGAGCAGAUAGGUUUUACAAGGAUUGGUGCUCAGGGAGGAUUGAAUUAGUUGAUCUUGAUUUGGAUUCUAUGGCUGAUUCUGAAUCUGGGUCAUACUCGGAACCCAUUAGUUUGAAGCACUUCUUGUCGACUGAGCUUUUCAAAACAGGUGGGAGGGAUUGUCCCGCGAAAAUUCUGGCUUCAUCUGAUGUGGACUGCUCUGUUCGAAAACCCCGACUUACAUCUACUUAUAAUACUUUGAUUGAUUUGUAUGGGAAGGCUGGUCGAUUGAAGGACGCAGCGGGCGUGUUCGCUGAAAUGAUGAAGUCUGGAGUGGCAGUGGAUACUAUUACUUUCAACACUAUGAUCUUCACUUGUGGAAGUCAUGGCCAUAUGUCAGAAGCUGAAACUUUGCUUAGAAAGAUGGAAGAAAAGGGAAUAUCACCCGAUACAAAAACUUACAACAUCUUUCUGUCUUUAUAUGCUGAUGCAGGGAACAUUGAUGCAGCUCUUAAGUGUUACAGAAAGAUAAGGCAAGUGGGGCUUUUCCCUGAUGUCGUAACUCACAGAGCUGUUCUGCGUAUAUUAUGUGAGAGGAACAUGGUUCAAGAAGUGGAGGCUGUGAUUGAAGAAAUGGAGAAAUCUCGUGUGCGUAUUGAUGAGAACUCUCUUCCUGUUCUCAUUAAGAUGUAUGCCAAUGAAGGGUUGCUUGAGCAGGCAAACGUCAUUUUUGAAAAGGGUGAGUUGCAUGGUGGGUUGUCAUCGAAAACAUAUGUGGCUAUCAUAGAUGCAUAUGCUGACAAGGGACUCUGGGCUGAAGCGGAGGCUGUGUUCUACCGGAAGAGGGAUUUGGUUGGACAGAGCAAGGAUUUAGCGGAAUUUAAUGUCAUGGUCAAAGUUUAUGGUAAGGCAAAGCUUUAUGAUAAAGCAUUGUCACUCUUCAAGGGCAUGAAAAAACGUGGCACGUGGCCAGAUGAGUGCACUUACAACUCUCUCAUCCAAAUGUUAUCAGGAGGCGAUUUAGUGGACGAAGCAAGGGACCUUUUAAGAGAAAUGCAAAGAGUGGGACAUAAACCCUCGUGUCUUACUUUUUCUACUGUCAUUGCAAGUUAUGCCCAUUUGAGCAGGCUUUCUGAUGCAGUUGAUGUUUACCAAGAAAUGGUGAGAACAGGGGUAAAACCCAAUGAAGUUGUUUAUGGGUCUUUAAUUAAUGGAUUUGCAGAGGCUUCCAGGGUUGAUGAAGCUCUUCAUUAUUUCCGCAUUAUGGAAGAAAAUGGAAUUUCAGUGAAUCAGGUAGUGCUCACUUCCAUGAUUAAAGCAUACAGUAAGAUUGAUUCUGUAGAAGGAGCCAAACGAAUGUAUGAGAAGAUGAAGGAUUUGGAGGGUGGUCCUGAUGUCGUGGCAUCAAAUAGUAUGCUCAGUCUGUAUGCAGAUCUCGGAAUGGUAUCUGAAGCCAGAUUAGUGUUUGAUAAUUUGAGAGAUAAGGGUUGGGCAGAUGGAGUUACAUUUGCAACCAUGAUGUAUCUUUACAAGAAUAUGGGCAUGUUUGAUGAAGCCAUUGAUGUUGCUGAGGAGAUGAAACAGUCAGGUUUAUUAAGAGAUUGUGUCUCUUUUAAUAAGUUAAUGGCAUGCUAUGCCACAAAUGGGCAACUAGUUGAAUGUGGCAGAUUGUUGCAUAAAAUGAUAAAUCAGAAGCUUUUGCCCGAUGGUGGGACGUUUAAGGUACUAUUUACUGUCCUGAAAAAGGGCGGUGUUUCGACUGAAGCAGUAACACAGCUCGAGUCAUGUUACUGGGAAGGGAAACCUUUUGCCAGACAAGCUGUUAUAGCUUGUGUCUUCUCUGUUGUGGGCUUCCAUACUUUAGCACUUGAAUCUUGCGAAAUCUUUAUAAAAGCCGAAGUGGGCCCUGAUUCUUUUGCCUAUAAUGUCGCAAUAUAUGCUUAUGCGGCUUCAGGGGAAAUUGACAAGGCUUUGAACAUAUUCAUGAAAAUGCAAGAUGAGGGACUAGAACCAGACCUCGUUACUUAUAUUAAUCUUGUAGGGUGUUAUGGAAAAGCUGGCAUGGUUGAAGGUGUGAAGCGGAUUUAUAGCCGGCUAAAGUAUGGGGAGAUUGAACCAAAUGAAUCCUUAUUCAAAGCAGUCAUAGAUGCUUAUAAAAAUGUGAACAGGCAGGACCUUGCUGAAUUGGUUAACCAAGAGAUGAGAUUUGCUUUUGAGACGCAACAAUAUUCUGAUUCUGGACUUGAAGAUGAUGACUCUGAUGAAACUUCUUUAGAAUUGGCAGAAAAUGUAUAAUUGAAGUGUAAUGAUUACCCAUGGUGUACACCUUAUGCUGCAUUUGUACACGCAUUUAUCUCUAUGUAUUUAUGAAUUGUUCAACAGUAAACUGCUGGAAUAUACACACAGGGUGUUUUGUUUUGAUGGAGGA